AUGAUAGGCAAGUGGGGUGUCUUGUACCCAAAUCACGUCCGUUCGAAAUUCGAACGAAUAUAUUCGUGGUGGUUAUUCAAAUGUGGCGAAAGGAAUGACGUAUCCCGUAUCGUAGGCGGGACUGAUGCUGCGAUCAAUGAGUUUCCCUGGAUUGUCAAACUAUCUUAUUUCAAACGAUUCUACUGUGGUGGUACAGUUAUUAACGACAGAUAUGUGGUGACAGCAGCGCAUUGUGUUAAAGGAUUUAUGUGGUUCAUGAUCAAAGUGACGUUUGGGGAGCAUAACCGCUGCAACGCGACCAUUCGACCGGAAACGAGAUUCGUGAUUCGCGUAACCGCCAACAAGUUCAGCCUCACCAAUUUUGACAAUGACAUUGCGUUACUUCGCCUCAAUGAUAGGAUCCCGAUGUCUGCUGCCAUCAAGCCGAUUUGUCUUCCAACUGAUCACUGUGUUGUGUCAUGGGGCAACGGUUGCGCACGCAUCGGUUAUCCGGGUGUCUACACUCGCAUAACAAAAUAUCUCGCCUGGAUAAAGGAGAAUACUCAGGAUGGAUGUUACUGCUCCGAUUAA